AUGGCUCGAAUUACGACUGCGGCGUUAAUCUCACUCUCAGCCCUGGCCGUCGUUUCCGCCGACAGUUGCUCCAACAUUGAAAAGACAGCACCGAGUAUCGGCGUGGCCUCCGCUUAUGACAUCUCGUACGCCACAGUCUCGAAUGAUUACUGGUCCACUUCUUGUGCUGCUCUCAAGCCGGCAUGUGUCGUUUUCCCGUCUUCAUCACUUGAAGUUGCAGCCAUUAUCAACAUCUUGAAUGGAAACAGCGAUAAUUUCGCUGUCAAGUCCGGAGGCCAUAAUGCGAACAAUCAUUUUUCCAGCACUAAAGGCGGUCCGUUGAUCUCAACUAAGAACUUGAAUCAUGUGCUUCUCGAUAACGAGACCGGUAUUGUUCAGAUAGGCCCAGGCCUUCGCUGGGACGAGGUUGCCGACGAAUUGAACGGCUCGGGGUGGUGCGUCGUUGGUGGACGCAUCGGUAAUGUCGGAGUUGGAGGCUUCAUGCUUGGGGGAGGACUUUCCUUCAUGUCACAGGAAUACGGAUGGGCUGCUUCAUCAGUCCUGGAAUAUGAGAUCGUUCUGGCCAACGGCACCAUCACCACAGCUUCUGUGGAUAAUAACCCGGAUCUGUUCAAGGCCCUUAAAGGUGGUGGCAACAACUUUGGCAUCGUUACGUCUUAUACUGUGCAGGCAUACCAGCAAGGCUACGUCUAUGGUGGCGUCCUUUCCUUUGUGCAUUCGACGGAAACAGAUACGAAGCUUCUCAGGGCCAUCCGAGACUUCACCAAGUACAACACCGAUAGCAAAGCCGCCAUCAUUCCUACUGCUGAGCGCGUCCUGGCGAGGCGCGGUCCCAUUACCGACACCUGCAAGACGAGAACCUUUUCAGAGUUCGUGACCAACAACAACUGGGCGGUCCUCAAGGACACUGUUUACAAUAUUGGCACGGAAACCAUCCCGCUACCAGCAGAUGAUAACAUCAACGUUCUAGAGGCAGUCCAUGCGCACUGGCGCAACGUCACCGACUCUGUCCUUCUUGUGGGUGGCCUAAUCACCAACAUUGCCUACCAGCCACUUCCACGGCGCAUCGCCCAGAUCGCCCAGGACAGGGGUGGUGACCUGCUGGAUUUUGAUGUGAACUCGGAUUUUGUUAUCCUCGAGAUUAGCAACAGUUUUUUGUUGCAGUCAGAUUAUGAUAUGAUGGACAUCACCCUCCAGGCGGCCUACAAUGGAGUCCGUCAAAUGGUUCUCGCCUGGCAGGAGGACGGCACAUUGGACAAGGAGUUGAAUAGGACUGGUGGCUUUAAGCCGUAG